AUGGCCCUUCGAGAUACUGAUCAGCUUUCUGGCAAUGGUCACCAUAUGACUACCUCCUCCGAACAACACCACAAUGCCCCUAGAAGCACCAAACCCUUUGAAGCUUCACAUACUCCACACACACAUGCCUCUCAAUCCUGCGACAUCUGGAAAAAGGUUCAAAGUAUCAAGGACUGCGGUUUUGUUCUUCUAGAUGGAUACGAACUUGACGUCGCUUCGGUCAUUGCGACAGGCGAUAUUGCAAACGCUAUGAAUAAAGGUGUUGUACUACUCGAAGAGCACCUCACCAAGGGCUACUUUGUCUACGGUGUCAAUACCGGUUUCGGCGGAAGUGCUGAUACUCGUACAAAAGACCUCCCCGCUCUGCAGUCGGCACUGCUACAACUCAACCAGGCAGGCAUCUUGACUGAUGAAGACACAUUCGGUAAUGGACUCAAUAGCAUGCCAGUCACUUGGGUUCGAGCUGCCAUGUUGAUUCGCUGCAAUACCUUGCUUCGAGGCCACUCAGGCGUGCGUCUGGAACUCGUACAAGCCCUCCUUCUCCUGCCCCGGAAGGGAAUGACAUCUAUUGUCCCCCUACGGGGAUCUAUCUCGGCAUCUGGCGAUUUGAUCCCGCUGUCAUAUAUCGCUGGGAUGCUCGAAGGGAACCCUGACAUCCGAGUCUACACGCCGACCUCUGUUGUAUCGGCUGACAAGGCUCUUGAGCUCGCUGGACUGGAACCAAUUACUCUUGGACCCAAGGAAGGCCUCGGGCUGGUCAAUGGCACAGCUCCUUCAGCUGCCCUGGGCUGCCUGGCAGUACAUGAGGCAAACAAACUCUUGCUACUCGCACAGGGCGUCGUGGCUAUGUCAUGUGAGGCUUUACUCGGAAAGGCCGAGAACUAUCAUCCUUUCAUUUCUUCUGUUUGCCCUCACCCUGGGCAAGUGGAAUGUUCUGCAACCAUAUUGCAUUUCCUUGAUGGAUCUUCACUUGUUCAAAGCCUCAAGGAGGAGGACAAGUUUAAACCGGGUCUUGCCCAGGAUAGAUAUGCCUUACGAGGAGCGCCUCAAUGGCUAGGUCCUCAGGUUGAGGAUUUGUGCUCUGUCCUGUCUCAGAUCACCGUGGAACUAAACUCCACUUCUGAUAACCCCAUCAACGAUAUUAAAUCCGGCGAGGUCUACUCAGGCGCCAACUUCAUCUCCUGUUCAGUUGCCAACGGGAUGGAAAAGACACGCCUUGCUCUUCAGAUAGUCGGCAAACUUCUGUUCAGUCUCUCUUCCGAAUUGAUCAAUCCUUCAAUGAACAGAGGUCUUCCUCCAAAUCUCGUCGUUGAUGACCCCAGUUUAUCUUUCACCAUGAAGGGUAUUGAUAUCAGCAUGGCUGCUUAUCUGUCGGAGCUUGGAUAUCUCGCCAACCGUGUUACUCCCCAUGUCCAGUCUGCAGAAAUGCAUAACCAGUCAAUCAACUCUCUUGCCUUGAUCUCGGGAAGAUAUACUCUUCAAGCUGCUGAUGUAGUUACACAAAUGUGCGCUGCUCACCUCUUUACGGUUUGUCAGGCUUUGGACUUGCGGGUGCUCUACAUGACGUACCUCAAAGCGCUCAGAAGCAAGUUGGUCUCUAUAGUGCAGCCGUUACUCAAUGGAGUCGACGGCCAGGCGGCGAAAGAGAUUUAUGAGAGUCUUCAUCAGGCUAUCAUAAAAUCGUGGAAUGCCUCAGCGUCCUUCGAUCUUCAAGAACGAUGCAGGAUCCUGUCCAAGGAAACACUACCAGUCCUCCGUGAUCAUCCCGAAGAGCAUGAAAUGCAUCUUGUAUCAACACGGCCACUCCAGAGAGAUUUGGAGACUUUAGCUUAUUCAACAUUUAUCCAGAGACGGACUGAGCUCUUUACCCAGCCUACUACGAAGCAAUUCCUGGGCCGUGCUUCUCUGAGAUUAUACUCUUUUGUGAGAGAAGAGCUUGGAGUCCCUUUCCAUCAAGGCCUGGUUGAGCAUCCUGGCAGACGCAGCAGCAGCACCAUCAACGGAUGA